GUCGAGUUGUUACUUUUAAAGGAGGGCCCUUUUGUUUGCUUUAUAUUGGGGACCAGAACCAAAGGACUAGAGACUAGUGUCGACUGACAGGAAGUCGUUGUCCAUCUGACCAAUCACAUCAAGAGAGGUCCAGCAGCACUGAUUCCGCAGAGAGGACUCUCCCUAUUAGCAUACACUCUGUUUGUAGCGUUAGCUCAUUAAGGUAGUAGACCAGCCUUCAUACAGCCUGCUGGAGAUCUGUCACUUUUACUACAAUACAGACGAGUAAAGCAGCAUGUGAACAAAGUAACAUUUCGGUUGAAUGAUAUCGGUGGAGAUGUGUAAUAAGCUGCAUUGGACACUAAGGAGCUACCUGGCUGCCAGCCUAUCAACUGACAGCUGCCACCGCACCUAGCUGCUUAGCUAACGGCUAACCAGUGUUUCUUCGGGCUCAUUGCCUGGCUACAUUAGCCAGCGCUGCUGUCAGUUCAGAGUGGAUAGCGGCGACCUCCGCAUGAACGUUACAUCUUAUUAUUUUCUCAACAAUAUUGGACUCUUCCUGCUGUUCAAACCAUGAGUUAGCCAAGGAGCGUCGGACCGCAGUGGGUGGAAUAUUUUGAGGUCCAGCUAGUUAGCUAGCAGUUAGCUUGACGCUAGCUGACUGCAUUCAUUCAAUUAUUUAAAAAGCUGCUAAAGCCUUAACACCAGCACCUCAACGACCGAACGGGGACUGGUUGUAUCCAUCCGCGAGUGUUAUUACUUAUACAUUUUGGACUUGACCGUGCUUUGGAUAACACCGGGGAGAGGAGAUGAAGAAAUUCUUUGAUUCUCGUCGUGAGUUGGUGAGUUCUGGGCCUGGACCCGGAGCCGGCGGAGGAGGCGCUGGUUCCGGCGGCGGUGGCACCUUCAUCGGACGGGUCUUCACCAUCGGACGAUAUCAAGUGACCAUCGAGGAAACCGUCGCCGAAGGAGGCUUUGCCAUAGUUUUUUUGGUACGGACUCAUCAAGGCGUACGUUGUGCACUAAAAAGGAUGUAUGUCAACAAUGAACAUGAUUUACAAGUCUGCCAACUUGAGAUACAGAUAAUGAGGGACCUAGUGGGCAACAAAAACAUAGUUGGUUUCCUGGACUCCAGCAUAACUGCAGUUGGAGCUGGAGAUGUGUGGGAAGUCCUAAUCUUAAUGGACUUCUGUCGAGGAGGGCAGGUGGUUAACCUAAUGAACCAGCGGUUGCAGACCGGCUUCACUGAAGCCGAGGUGUUGCAGAUCUUUUGUGACACGUGCGAGGCAGUCGCUCGUCUCCACCAGGGCAAGGCUCCAAUCGUCCAUCGAGAUCUCAAGGUGGAAAAUAUUCUUCUACAUGACCGGGGACACUAUGUGCUCUGUGAUUUUGGAAGUGCCACUGACCGCUUCCAAAACCCUCAGACAGAGGGGGUUGCAGAUGUGGAAGAGGAAAUCAAAAAGUACACUACUCUGUCGUACCGCGCUCCAGAGAUGGUCAACCUCUAUGGUGGAACGAUUAUCACAACAAAGGCAGACAUCUGGGCCAUGGGUUGUCUACUCUAUAAGCUGUGCUACUUCACGCUUCCUUUUGGGGAGAGCCAAGUGGCUAUCUGUGACGGAAGCUUCACUAUCCCCGACAACUCCCGCUACUCCCCGGACAUGCACUGUCUCAUCAGGUACAUGCUGGAACCUGACCCAAGUAAGAGACCGGACAUCUACCAAAUAUCCCACGUUGCCUUUAAACUGGCGCGACGAGAGUGUCCAGUCCCAAAUGAACAUAAUUCACCGAUUCCUGCAAAACUUCCCGAGCCCAUCAGAGCCAGUGAAGCAGUGGCCAAAAAGAGUCAAACCAAAGCCAGGCUCACAGACCCCGCUCCUGCCACGGAAACCUCAAUUGCACCUCGCCAACGACCCAAGGCUGGCCAGGCUCACCCCCAGCCGAUAUCGGGCAUUCUUCCCAUCCAGCCGGCUCUCACCCCACGCAAGAGACCCAAUGUGGCUGCUGGAGCACCACAGGCAAUAGGUGUUGGCAUCAAUGUCCCAGCUGCAGCUGCUGUUCAACAGGCUCCUGCUGCACAGGCUGCACCGCAACCAGCCCAGACAGCCAACAUGCUGCCACAGGCUACACCGCAGCAUCAGCAGCUCCUCAUGAAGCAGCAGCAGCAGCAGGCCUCAGCCUUCUUAAGCCCACAGAGCAACCAGCAGCAUCAACUGGUACAGAGCCUCCUCCAGCAGCAGCAACAACUACAAAAAGCGUCUCAGGCGUGUACCGCGCUGCAGUCCAAACAUAAACCUGUUCCUCCAGUUAUUGCCCUGCAACACCAGCAGCAUGUAGCCCCCGUCCACGAGAUGGCAGCUUCUCAUCUGACCCCCAUCCCCGAGUCUGCAGUCGGCCCUGCAGCUGACCCAGAGACGGCUGGUCGAGUGAUUAACAGAGUCGGCUCAUUGACACCCCCCUCGUCGCCAAAGAUGGCCCCUAAAAGCGGUCACCGACGCAUACUGAGCGAUGUCACUCACAGUGCCGUGUUCGGGGUCCCAGUCAGCAAGUCCACCCAGCUUCUCCAGGCAGCCGCGGCUGAGGCGAGCCUCAACAAGUCCAAAUCAGCCAGCACGACUCCAUCUGGCUCCCCCUGCUCGUCCCAGCAGACUGUGUAUCAUCCAGGUGAUGUUGAUGCCGUAUCAGCUGUUGCUGCACCCAACACUCCAAACACUCCAAGCUGGAACCCCUUUGGGGAUGAUAACUUCUCCAAACUGACCGCAGAGGAGCUCCUGAACAAAGACUUUGCAAAGCUAGCUGAGACCGCUGCACCAGGAGAGAAGGUCACGGGUUCCACUGAAAAUCUCAUUCCAGGGCUCAUUGCUUUUCCAGCUGAAAGAUCUGCAGACAUCAUCAGUGCAGGUCCAGCGUUGUUGACUGUCCCGGACCCUCUUAAUACCCUCUCUGACACCACAGAGAAGCUGAUUGAGGGACUGAAGUCCCCUGAACCUUCUCUGCUGCUCCCCGACCUCUUGACCCCAGCCAACCCUUUCAGUAGUGCUGCAGAGAGCUCUGCCAAUGUGAAGGCAGAGAUGUGUGUGGAUUCACUGAUUCCUGGUCUGGAAGCCCCCCAGGCCCAGCAACUCUUAGGCCAGCCAGAGCUCAUCCCUCCCAGCAUGCCAGACUCUCUCACUGGGGAGGACUCUCUGCUGGGUUGCGAUCUUCUAUCUCAUACUUGUCCUCAUGGAAACCAGUCUGUUUCUGCUCUCCCUCCUUCCUCCUCCUGCUCCUCCUGCUCCGCUGCUCAUCCUGGCUCCGGCUCUGGAUCCUGUCUGGAGGAGCUGCUGCCUGGUCAGACAGCUUCUGACUCUGCUUUCCUCAUGUCGUGUGGGGAGAAGGGCAAUGAAGACGAGUUUGACCCUAUUCCUGUGCUCAUCUCCAAAAACUCAAAUCAAGGUGGUCACUCGCGCAGCAACAGUGGCAGUUCAGAGUCCAGCAUCCCCAACUUGGCCCGAUCCCUUCUGCUGGUGGAUCAGCUCAUCGACCUCUAGAGGGGGUGGGGAUGAAGGGGCAGUGUGCAAUCCUAACAAAGGGAUGAGGGGAGGGCGGGGGAUAGAGUCGGGGAAGCCGAGGCACUUAAUUGUAGCACCUUAUGAGUUAAAAACGGGAGUCAGCAUAGAUUGGUUCAGUGGAACCUCUCUUUUUAUGUGCCUCCUUGGCCUCAACUCCAUCUCUAGUUGCCUGAUAAGCUGGCUUCACUUAUCUCUGCUGGCCGUUGACAUUCCCACACUGGUAAAAAACAAGUCUUUUCAUUAAUGCCUGAUCAUAUCGACCCGCUUCUGUCUUCCUCAUGCUUUCCUCACACUCGCAUUAAUAUCCCUCAUUGAGCGCACUGUGCCGCGGUGAUCGACUUUCAUCACGUGCACACGCUAAACCACUUGAUCACAGCCGCAUCGUGUUCACUUUGUGUACUUGUUCGGGGUUGAAGCUUUAUUUAAAAAAGCCACCUUCAGGCAUGCUCAUCUGUGUCAGGGGUCUGACUGAAGAGGGAGGAGUCAGAAAUGCUGUCGACCUCCAGGAUCAUGUGAUGCAUUGAACUAAAUUUAUCGACCAAUCAAAGACGCACCCAGAGUGAACUACUGAGAGCUAUUUGCAUUGAUUGAACCAGUUUGUAAACAAUGAAGACGCAUUAGUCUUCUCUGUGGUGGUUUGCUGUUGAAGGAGACUCCUUUCAAACUGUCUGCACCAUCUCAGCAAAUAUGUGCUAAAAUUCCAAUAUCGAUCAGUAACCAACAACUAUUUAUCUAAGCUAACAAUGUAUUCACAACUGCAGCUUCGGCAUAACUGUAAAUUGCCACCUUCUUUCUGGCUGAUUAAUCGCAAGCAAUCGCAGGAUGCUUUUUUUUCUUCUUAAAACCAGUUUGUGUGCAUUUUACAAUUAUUUUCACGAGUAGGGUCAUGAUAUGGCCGUUAUAUCUUUGACCCAUUGUCAACAUAAGCACAGCAGAAACAAAAGGGAAUCCAAUGAUUUGACCUGCAGCCAUGCCAAAGCUCAAGGAAAGAUUUUAUUAUUUGGUGUCGUGUUCAUGUGUCUGUCUGCUCUCGGGGUCGAUGGGGAUGAGCAGGUGUUUUAGCAGCAUAGACGGCGAGGUGCAAUGUAGAUUUCAUUGAGUUAUUUGCGUCGGUACUGUGCUGACAAAUAAGCUUCAUAUGGAAAUCUCCCUCUCCAAUUGACAUCCUCUCUAUCUCGCCUAUCCACUCUGUUCCCGCCACAUACGUUGAGUUCAUUUGGCCAAUGCGUCAUUCAUUUCAGCCAGAGGAGAAAUUCAAAAAUGAAAUCCUUUAUAUGUACAUGAAAUCACUGUUCAUCUUUGCUCUUGUCAGCACUGGUAAAAGUAGAAUUUUUAUUUUUUUUUAGUGUGUAAUAUUUCAAGGCAUUUCAUCUAUCAUGGUCUGAAUAAAUGUGGCUAUUAUUUAUGGCGCUUUAGAAUGAAUGUAUGAUCCGAGUACCAUUAUGAAAUAUGUACAAUUUACAAGGAUAUAUAGAUCAAAAAAAAUAUUUGUAUAUGAAGCUGUAUUUAAGAGUGCAAAGAUGUUGACCCUCUGUGUUUUCUCUCCAUUCAUGUCAAGCAGUCAGCUCGUGCUUUUGUUUUAGAAGUCAUCGAUACAAAUGUGCUCAUGUACUCUAUAUCUCUCCACAGCAGUCCUAUACAUAAUACUGGUACUCGUACGUUACUGUAUAUUACUGGGAGAGACUUUAUCUAACGGACAGCAACACAGAGCUGACGGAGCUGACGGAGCUAACGUCCCGAUAUCUCUGUGGCGCCUCUGAUAACCGUUCUGUUAUUUGGCUGAUGAGCUUAAGAAAGACGUGUGUGACUUGGCAAACAGCUGUAGGCCUACAAGUUGUUUGACAUCUGAUCACAAUCACUACAACUGACUUUGCAAGUAAUAUCUUUCAUUUUGGCUUUUCUCCAGCCAAGGAAGGUCCAUUGCGUAGUCUUAAGUCUCUUUGUCGGGCCCAUAUCACCCUUUAGAUAUGUACAGUUCUCCCGGUAUGCCAUCGCUGGAGGUUUGGGUCCUAAAUAGUUUUCUCCUCCUCCUGCCCCAGUAUUACAUAUUGUAAAGGUUAGUCGUAGACAUCAACAAUACUGUUAGAAUCGGCAUGGGUAAAUAAAUACAACUAUGAUUUUUGUCUUUCCAUCGAAUGUUUUCCAGUUAAGUCGUUUGCAUUUUUGUGGCUAAUCUAUGCAAUCCUACAAUACCGCUUCAUGUUCUUAUCAGACACCACAGUGCUGUACCCUGUAGAGUUCUCUCCUCCGCCGUAGAGUUUGACUUGUGUUGCUGUGUGAAAACCGAUGUACUUGUUGUGCUGGUUGGGUUGAUUAUGGUGCCGGGUAUAGAAAUUACUUUGAUUAUAUCAAAAAUGUUUGACAUGAUUUGGCAGACGUCCAUAUGUCAAAGCAGGACCGUUGUGGAGUGUGGACUUCUAUUUUUAUGAAUUAAGGUUCAGAAUGAGAAACGAUGAAUAAAACCCAUUAUUGUGAA